AACAAAUUGCACUCUGUGACCCGAGCCGGUCGCGCCCUCCAGCCAGCUCCGAAGGUACCAGCGGCCAUUACGUACAACGCUCCAUCAAUCAAUUUCUGAAUGAAAAAACGACCUGAUACCAGGCCUUCACAAAUACACCACCUCUUAAAUGUAAAUUAUGCCAAUAAUUUUACUUAUAAUACAUUGACAUUUAGGUUUGGUGCUGUCAUCUGGGAUUAAUCGUUGAACCAGCUAUGUACAUGUAUAAAUUCGUUACGCUCCGAUCGUAGUAAAGGUUGUGGAGGAGGUCGGAGGCAUGCGCUCUCGCGACCCGCUCCGACCAAUGACGUCAGAGCAUCGAUCCACGAGCUGUUCGCGGGCCGGUGCCGAUACGGGCUGCUGUCAUUGCCGUCCACGUGAACUAAUCUGGAGCGGGUGUAGGCGAAAUCGCGUUUUCAUGUCGGGCACCCAUGUGCGGGCUAAGUUUUAGGACCAGGAACAGCCCUUCGCAGAAAACUUCGCUUCGAUGGGGCGACAGCUGCUGGAUUGACAUUGAUCCCCAAUAGGACUUGAAACUCGAGCGCUCGAGCGGCCCCUAACACUGUUAUUGUUUAUACUGUAAUUGUAACAAAUGAUUUAAUUAAAUACGUAAGUGUGUAGUGUGCGACGGAUUACAUCAGCGUCGGGUUUUUGGAUACCAGGUAAACCCCAAGAAGAGUCAAGAUGAUAAACAUAGCCGGCGUGAUCUCCAUCAUUCUGUUUUACGUGCUGAUCCUGGCAGUCGGUAUAUGGGCUGGGAGGAAGAAGCCUCCGGGAAAUGACUCCGAAGAGGAGGUAAUGCUGGCGGGACGAUCCAUUGGGCUGUUCGUCGGCAUCUUUACUAUGACUGCGACCUGGGUUGGUGGCGGCUAUAUCAAUGGGACAGCAGAAGCGAUAUACACGUCGGGGCUGGUGUGGUGUCAGGCGCCUUUUGGAUAUGCCCUGUCCCUGGUCUUUGGCGGUAUAUUCUUCGCGAAUCCAAUGCGUCGUCAAGGCUACAUUACGAUGCUGGACCCUUUACAAGAUUCUUUUGGAAGUCGCAUGGGAGGUCUGCUGUUCUUGCCAGCUCUCUGCGGUGAGGUCUUUUGGGCUGCUGGAAUAUUGGCUGCGCUUGGUGCAACCCUGGCCGUCAUCAUCGACAUGGAUCAACGCACUUCUGUGAUCUUCAGCGCAUGCGUGGCAGUCUUCUACACUUUGUUCGGAGGCCUAUACUCCGUGGCCUACACAGACGUCAUUCAGUUAUUCUGCAUAUUCAUCGGUCUAUGGAUGUGUAUACCGUUCGCUUGGGCGAACCCUCACGUGAAGCCGCUGAGCUCCAUGGAGGUGGACUGGAUAGGGAAGGUGGAUUCGGACUAUUAUUGGUUCUAUAUCGAUUAUGGUCUAUUGCUGAUCUUUGGAGGGAUUCCUUGGCAGGUUUAUUUCCAACGAGUGUUGAGCAGCAAGACAGCAGGCAGAGCGCAGGUGCUCUCCUAUGUAGCUGCAAUUGGCUGCAUCUUCAUGGCCAUCCCACCAGUUCUCAUCGGGGCUAUAGCUAAGGGCACUGCCUGGAACGAGACGGAUUAUCACGGAGACCUCACACCGGAUGGAGAGCUCACCUCGGCGCAGACCUCAAUGAUUCUGCCACUGGUACUCCAACAUCUCACACCGGAGUUUGUCUCAUUCUUUGGGCUUGGAGCUGUCUCGGCUGCUGUCAUGUCCUCGGCCGACUCGAGCGUGCUUAGUGCGUCUUCUAUGUUUGCCAGGAAUGUGUACAAGCUGAUCUUCAGACAGAACGCUUCAGAGAUGGAGAUAAUCUGGGUGAUGCGGGUGUCUAUACUUAUCGUCGGGUUCCUGGCUACCGUCAUGGCCCUCACCAUACCUUCAAUCUACGGAUUAUGGUCAAUGUGCUCAGAUCUGGUGUACGUGAUUCUCUUCCCGCAACUCCUGAUGGUGGUACACUUCAAGAAGUAUUGCAACACCUAUGGCUCUCUGGCUGCAUACAUCGUGGCUCUCUUAGUUAGGAUGUCUGGAGGGGAGAAGAUGUUAGGACUGCCGCCGCUGAUCCACUAUCCUAUGUGGGACCCAAAAGAAGAAGUCCAGCUGUUUCCAUUCCGAACCAUGGCGAUGGUUCUCUCACUCUUCACACUAGCCUUCAUUUCAUGGCUCUCCGUAUUUCUCUUUAACUCCGGAUACCUGAGCCCCGAGUCGGACUACUUCAACUGCGUCGUCAACAUCCCGGAGGAUAUCCGUCGCGUGGACGAGCCAUCCGAAGCUGGAGAGCAGAUGUCCGUGCUGGGAGGAGUCCCGGGUCGACUCUACGGAGCUGCCUCCACUUUGGUCGGCCCCGAUGAGAAGUCCGGAAGAAUCAACCCGGCCCUGGAACCGGAUGACGAUGACCUGGAUGACCCCAAUGACGGGCCGACGCCGCUCUUUGGCUCCAGUAGCGCCCCGCCCCCAGUGCAACCCUACGGCAAGCAGACCGCCUUUUAAACCGAUAAGUAUGCUUUGUAUUAUAUAAAUUGGUGAUUUUUUGCGACUCUCAGGUUUGUAUAUUGCUUUUAAUAAAAACGAAAGCAAGAAUAAAAAAAAAGUAUAAUAAUUCGAAAUAGGAUCCUGUUUUUUUGACAGACACGUAGUAGCGCACAAAACAUUCUGCAAACCGCUGUCUUUUUAAUUUUGACUAGAACGAACGAAUGUCGAUUAGCGUCUCCAUAAAGAUUAUUUUUCGAUAAACCUUACACUGUAAUGCUCAAAACGAACAUAUCAUUAGUAUCUUCCUAUGAUUUUUACUAAGAGAAAUAUUAAAGAUUUACUUUACUAUUUACCGUCAUUUUAUAUUAUGUAAACAAUAUGGCGUUUAUUAAUAAUUAUAUUUAAAUAUAGUUUAACUUUAAAAGCAAUAUACACGUAUAUUUCUCGGUGUAAAGUAGCGUAUUAUAAUACUUGCACUUAAUUCACUGCAUUUGUACAAAUAUUCGUGUAUUUCGAUCGAAGCAAAAUCAUUUCUCGUUUAAAAAUUAUAAUUUGCGUAAUUACUGGUCGUAGGACUUCUUGUGGGUCCGCGCGGGUGGGUACCACCACCCCGCCUAUUGCUGCCGUGAAGCAGUAAUGCGUUUCGGUUUGAAGGGUGGGGCAGCCGUUGUAACUAUACUGAGACCUUAGAACUUAUAUCUCAAGGUGUGUGGCGCAUUUACGUUGUAGAUGUCUAUGGGCUCCAGUAACCACUUAACACCAGGUGGGCUGUGAGCUCGUCCACCCAACUAAGCAAAAAAAAAAAAGUGUGUGUGUCCGCUCCGACGCACGACUGGAGUUUACUGGAUAUAAAAAAUUAAACGAAACAAUACGAGAAAUAGUUCUAUAUUACGACAACACGAUACACUACAGAUUAUUAACAAAUUAACGAGACACAAAACAAACGACUAACAAAUAUAUGAAAAUACAAUAAUGAGAGAAACGCGCGAUCAGUACGAGGCUUUGUGGCGGACUGCCGGCGCAGCAGCCCGGCGUCACCUGCGAUAACGCGGCCGCGCGUUGGCUCCUGAUUGGCGCGCGCACGCAUCACGCAAUCAGGAGCCAAUCAGGCGCAUAACGCAUUUCGUGUGACAUGCUAGUACGAUUUUGGUCCCCAUAAUUUUCAUACCCCGGGCCUAUAUAUGUAAAUCGAUUCUAAAGGAGUAAACUCCAAAAAAACAUUGAGCUGAAUUUGUUUUUAUCAAACAGCAUGAAUGUUUGCACAAAUGUCCACACCGUUAGCGUUGCCAAUGGUUCGACUUUCGCUGGUCAGUGAUACCUAAAAUGAAUACAUAUCGAAUUGUGAAUUAUCGUUGUUAGUGAAUUAUAUUGUAUUGUCAUUGAAAAGAUUCCUUAUUUAAGUCAAUUACGUGUUUAGAUGUAGCACACAAGUAGUCGUGUACGAAGGAAUGUGGUGAGCGCCCAAAUCAUCAGCAAUGGUGAAUCAUAUUUGUUUAUCUCGUAAGGCUUAUAAAGCAUUUAUUAUGUAUAUAGAUCAGAGUCUAUUAUCAUAAUAUAUUUUACUGUUUAUAUCCCGUCUGUUUUGGUGAAUUAUUAUUAUAUUAUUAACAUAAUGUUCUUGAAACUAUUUACAAAAGACAAAACGUAAUUAGAAUUAUACGUUGUUAGAAAUCGUGGAUGCUUGGCGUACUUAGAUUUUAGAUGAGACAUGUAUAAAAUGUUAUAUGACUAUUUAAAUUUAUUAUAUCGAUGUUAAAUGUGUUUAGUGGGUGAUUAACAUUUAAUAUCAGUUUUUACAGCUUACGUAAAUGCGAGGAGUAUUUAGCAAUCGGCCUAAAUUAGCUGAUCUAAAGUAUGCUGUUCUUGAAAUCAGAAUAUAGUGUAAAUACUACACGUCUGGCUGCUAUCACUCCAGUGUCUAGCUAUAUAGCUCUGGACAGAGAAAAAAAUUAAUAUAAAUUUUAUGAAUAACCGAUUUAAGGAAUGUAUUGGUUUCCCCACCGUAUAAAGUCAAAGUGGGUGUUACUCUAAUGCAUUCGUUGAUGGACUUUGGUUACCAUUUAUCACCGGACGGACUGUGCGCUCGUUACCCUGAUAUAGCCUACAUCAAGAUCUAAUCACAGCAUACGCAUAGUGUACACCUAUGUACCUACUAGGCCGCGAACACGUCAUUUUGUCAAGAGCAACAUACAUUCUGACGAGUUUUUGAGUGCGCGUAUUGUUGAGAUUCAACAGCAUUAAGGGAUAUUAUUUAAAAGUCAGCUGUUUAGGUACGCCCUCGAUAAGUGCGUACACGUGCGCGCGAUAACACCGGUCCUUUUACGAUAUAUAUGAGACACUGAGCCCAAAUCAAUGAUGAAGCCAAGUUGGCAUCAAUGGGCUCCUAAAAUCACUUAAUAUCACUCCGCGAGCUUGUGUACCUAUCUAUAGCAACAAAAAGAAAGUUAUUUCAAUAUCAUUAAUAGCUUCGUGUCUUACUGCAUCUGAUGUAGUGCAGCAUAGCGCAUCCAUAGGCUAACACAAGCGUUGAAGCGUUUUGUAUGGCAUAAGCUAUAAUCUAAGCUAUGUUUAGCUAACAUAAGCUAACAUUCGUUUUCCUGUGCAUGCUUACGAUUCGGUUCGUAGCAUUCCCAUGCGGCUAGUCAGCCUUUAGUCGACAAAAUAUAUGUCAAAACUAGUCAAAGGAAUAAGUAUAGAAAACUGAUAUAUAAAUGUUGAUAAUAUUAUUAUAAAAAUCUGUGUGUUGGUGUUUCAAGUUCUGUCCGUAUUUAUUGUAUUUUUGUCUUGAUAAAUAUUCUAAUUAUUACUGCUAAUGAAUUUACAUAAAAACGAGUCUUAAAAAGAUUUGUCGUGUUUCGGUUUUAUAAUGUCGAAUAAAUCUUGAAGACGACUUAUUCAGAUUGAAUUUCUAGAUUGAACUUCCUGCUGUUUUUAGUAAGCAUAUUCUGGAAUUCAAAAAUGGAACCUUCUAUUAUAUAAUGUCUAAUAUUAUAUCUAUUAUAUCUAAUGAUUAUAUAAUUCUCAACAUUUGUAUAGUUGGACAAAAGUCUGUUGUAUUUACAACUGUGACGAAUAUAAUUUUGGUUUUUAAAAUUAUUUAAAAACAAAAACCUUAAAAGUUACGUAAGCUUUGGGUAAAAAAAGCUAUAUUCAAGCUUUUGUAACGAAACGAAACAUAUCAUAAAGAGGAUUUAAACUAAAUAAUAUACUAUAUAAUUAUAUAUAGCUUUUGAAUUAUUUAUUGAUGUAUUUAACGAAUUUUAGAAACUUAUAUAUUUAUAAAUCUACAUACCUACUUAAUCUAAAGACGAAUUGGUCCCUUUCUCGCUUGUUGGAGCGAAAAUGAAAGAAUCAUAUCAAAGUUAAUAUAAUUUGCUUAAUGUACAAUAUCAUUUUUAGAACACUGUAAAGUAAGAGGUUUGUCAUAAACGAUUUUAACAUGAACUAUUUGUACAUAAAAUAUUAAAUAUAAAUAUAAUAUGAUGCUCGGUUAAUAAGAUGAAAAGUCAACUAAAUAAGAAAGAAAAUUGCAGCGUUAAAUUCCUAAAGUCAUUAUCACAUUAUUGGUUAUAAAGAGUUCGAAAAGCACUGGAAAAUCAUCACCUUAAUAUCUCAAUGUUCUUAUAACUUGGACGAUAUUAAUUAUUAGUUAAGGCUAUGCUUUUGUAAGGCCCCUAAAUGCGAACAUGAGAAAUUGGAAGCUGCGGUAAACAAUCUAACUAUACUUGAGACCUUAGAACUUAUAUCUCAAGGUGGGUGGCUCAUUUACGUCGUGGAUGUCUAUGGGCUCCAGUAACCACUUAACACCAGGUGGACUGUGAGCUCGUCCACUCACCUAAACAAUAAAAAAAAAAACUCACUCGAACACAGGACACAUUCCAGCUUUACGCUUUCCCAAAAAUAAUAUUGUACAUUCAUACUUUUGUGAUAAAUAGAACUUCGUAUGAACUAAGCCGUACUAAGACUAUGUAACGAAACAUAUCAUCUGUGUGAUUUUAUCUUAGCGUUUUAGCGGUAUAUAAACAUGUUAUAUGUAACUAGAUAUAGGCAUUGUUGUUGUUCUAAUGUAAUGCUUUUUAAUAUAUUGCGGGAUGUAUGCUUAGUGCCGAGAGAGUUUCUGGCAUUAGCUUGAGAUUGAUGGUAGGUGGUAGCAUUUGUAAGGGAUUUGUCGGUGGCGCUGUCUACUUACCAUUAUAUACUCCGACUGCUCGUUUAGUUUUGAUAACAGCUAGAAAGACACAGGUUCGAGAUUCGGCACAAAACAUCUCAAUACUUCUGAAUGCCAAGGGUAGUCGCCAAUUAAAAUUCACUGCUUGUUAUAAAUAUUAGUUGGUUUGGUUACUGGAUAGCGAGUGUGUUUGAACGGUCCAUAUUAUUAUGUACAUCAUUAUGUUACCAACUUUAGAUCGAGUUUAUUUUUAUAUUAUGUGUAUUUUUAACUACGAUAUAUCAGAAAGCAUUACAAUCACUUUAGCAGUAGAUAAAUGUACCAACUUUCGACCUAUUCCUAGUUCUUGUUGAAUAUUUCGAAGGAUAUCGUGUAAUUAAAUGUGUAAUGUUGUGAAAUGCGUUGUGCGAGCAACGUUAAUAAUAAAACUUAUAGCGUGUU